AGCAAAACGUCUGAAGCCCUUGCGAAACUAAUGUCUCUUCAAGCCACAGAAGCUACUGUUGUGACAUUGGGCGAUGACAACGUCAUCCUCAGGGAGGAGCAAGUGCCCAUGGAGCUGGUUCAGCGGAAUGAUGUGAUCAAGGUAGUACCUGGGGGAAAGUUCCCAGUAGAUGGAAAAGUCCUCGAAGGCAGCACCAUGGCAGAUGAGUCCCUCAUCACAGGAGAAGCUAUGCCAGUCACUAAGAAACCUGGGAGCACGGUGAUUGCUGGCUCAAUCAAUGCACAUGGCUCGGUGCUAGUUACUGCUACUCAUGUUGGGUCGGACACUACGCUAGCACAGAUUGUGAAACUGGUAGAGGAGGCUCAAAUGUCAAAGGCACCCAUUCAGCAACUGGCUGACAAAUUUAGUGGAUAUUUUGUCCCAUUCAUCAUCAUCAUUUCAACUGUGACACUGGUGGUAUGGAUUGUAAUCGGUUUUAUCGAUUUUGGUGUUGUUCAGAAAUACUAUGCU